ACAAAGUGUGCAAUCACAGCCCCCACAAGGACAUUCUGCCGUACAGUAAUAUUAUGAAACAGGUAAUAAAAUCUGGAUCAUAACUACAAGCAAGAUGAUACCUCUAUAAAACACUCACCUGUGCCAUAAUGGGCUAGGCCCGACCAGCAGGCCCUACCAAGAAACCCUAUCAGCACCAUGGCUGAACAUAAAAAAAAAAGAAAGAAUAAAAAGCAACUCUUCAGCUGAUAACCAUAAAAUGCACCUAUAACAUUGGUAAGCCAUACACUACCAUAAUUUGCCUGAUAAUCCAACCGACAUCAAUGUUCAUCAGAUUUUCUCAAUUUUUCUCCUAUGAGAGGACCUUCCUUGCCUGCCUGAAACGGUUGUGGGGGCUUGGUGAAAACAAAACAGCUGUAGCUCUACCUGCUACUGUUUUAUGAACUGCAUGAGUAGCAAACUCCCCAGGGGCCCCACUCCACAUCACAGCUUACAUUACGCUUUCACCCAAGACGAAGCAAGUGAGGCAAGAUGGGGAAGGCUGAGAAGGGAACUCCAAAGGACCUGGCCAAUCGCAUGAAGGCCAAGGGGCUCCAGAAGCUGCGUUGGUACUGCCAGAUGUGUCAAAAGCAGUGCCGUGAUGAAAAUGGCUUCAAGUGCCACACCAUGUCAGAAAGCCACCAGCGACAGUUGCUUCUCUUUGCUGACAACCCUGACCGCUUCCUGGACAGCUUCUCAGAGGAGUUUUUAGAAGGUUACGUGAGUCUUCUGAAGCGCAGGUUUGGCACAAAACGAGUGCAUGCCAACAACGUGUAUCAAGAGUACAUCCAAGACCGUGACCACGUGCACAUGAAUGCCACACAGUGGGAGACACUGACUGACUUUGUGAAGUGGCUUGGGCGCGAGGGUCAUUGUGUUGUUGAUGAAACUGAGAAGGGAUGGUAUGUGGCGUACGUUGAUCGUGACCCAGAGACUCUGAAGCGCCAAGCAGCAGCGCAGAGACGGCUAAAGGCUGAGCGUGGACAGGAGGAGAGGAUGCAAGAUUUCAUUCAGCGACAGAUUGAGUUGGGGCGUGCCAGGGACCCUGGGGAAAAAACAGAAGAUGGUGCUUCACCUAGUGCAGCCCUUCAGCGUGAGGAGGGAGCCACUAUCAGCCUGACCCUUAAGCCUGGUGUUGCUCGGCCCCGAUCAUCAGGCCUGGAAAGUGCCAAUGCCCUCAAGAUGACCACAGGAAGGCAAAUUGAGAAGACCAAAAAGGAAAUGAAAAAACGAACAGCAUUGGAUGAAAUCAUGGAAGAAGAGAUGAAAGGGAAAAAACUCCAAAAACAGAGUGUAGUGCCUGGCCAGGGAGGACCGCAUGGUGCCAGCCAGGUGACUGAUGCCUCCUGGCUGGCAGAGGGCAUCGUGGUGAAGGUAGUGACAAAGGACCUUGGCUCAAAAUACUACAAGCAGAAGGGUGUGGUAAAGGAUGUGGUUGGUGGCUACAGUGCCAUCAUCAAGCUUCUGGACACCAACACUAAGCUAAAACUGGACCAGACACACCUGGAGACAGUCAUCCCCUCAGUGGGCCGGGCGGUGUUGGUGGUGGCAGGCACUCGGCGAGGCUCCCGGGCCACCCUACACAGCAUUCAGGAGAAGAACUUCAGUGCAACACUAGACUUUGAGGGUCACUUGGUGCCUGGCAUUCCCUAUGAGCAAUUCAGCAAACUGGCACCAUCAUAAUGACCAAUGGAAGGAGGUGCCAAACUUUGGACUUUGGGAGUUGUCCACUGGUGAGAUUCACAGAGUGAGAGAGGUAUAAGAAAGAAAUUAUAAUUAAAAAGGAAGCAUCAUGCUGUGUUGCAGAAUGCUAAACAUGCAACAAAAAACGAGUAAUACUGAAGUAGAGAAAAAAGUAAACAAAAAUAAACAAACAGUAUCAUAUGAUUGAUCAUGGGUGACUGACAUCAUGAGAGAGAGAGAGAGAGAGAGAGAGAGAGAGAGAGAGAGAGAGAAGCAAUGCACUGUGGCAACCUUUGAAGAUAUUUUAUGAAAAAUAAAACAAAUACCACAAAAUGAAGAGGUAGAUAAUCAUCCCUGACUUAUGACUGAAUAGAGCAGAUCACUGUUUUUCCUUUAUGUACAGGCCACAGAUAGGGUAAAAUAGUUUAUUUAGCAUUUAAGGAAGCAGUUUUGAUGUUAUGUAGUAUGGAUCAUUUAAUGUUAAUUUUCCUUUAAAGGAAUAAAUGUGAAAAUUUUCCCAUAA